AUGAAUAAAUAUAUUUUUUUCGUAUUAGUAAUUACAAAAUUUAACACAUUUAUAUGUUACGUUAGAAGUGUAAAAGUUAUUCAUGGUAGUAUCAUGAGAAAGGACAAAGGCAUAAUUAGAAGCAAAAAUGGUGAACCAUUUUUUAAAUCACCAGAGAUUUUGAGAAAUGUGGGAAUGAUAAAAGGUUCCUAUAGAGGAAGACAUAAGGGAGUGCUGUUUUAUUUGAUAGCUCCAUCGAGAGUUUCGUUAGAAGAUUCAUGUUCGUCCGAACUUACUACACCCAGUAGGGUAUUUCUCCAUUUAAGAGGUCCAAAUGGAUGGAGAAAAUCGCAUUUAUUUGUGAAAACAUUGAAAUAUAUUGAAAAUUUGAGAAAGGUAAAAAAUAUUGACAACACUUUAAUAGGUAACGAACUUCAAGGUAAGGAAGAUGAAAUAAUCGAUGGAAUUCCAGAUCGUUUUUUGAAUGCAUUUAAGUGGGCAUUACAAUUUCGAUUAAAAAAUUUUAACUGUAAAUUUAUGAGGAUAUGUAAAUUGGCAAAAAAAAAUAAUGAAGAACUUAAAAGCCUUGAGAAUUAUGCCAUAGGAUAUAAGGAAAAAUUACUAGCCAUGUUACAAAAUGAUAAAGAUUUUUUUAUGAACAUUGUAAAAAAGCUGAAAGCAAAAGAUUAUUUUAAUUUUGAUAUUUAUUCCAUUUUUAAAUUUAUCAAUCUAGACAUCCGUUUUUUAUUUAACCCAGAAUGUCAUGAUGAAUCAGCUAUUUUUUUCCUAAUCUUUGGAAAUUUAGAAAAAUCAAUUAAUUAUUUUAUACAGAACAAAGACACAGUUGAUUUUAUGCAAAUGCCUAAAUAUAAAAAUAUGAUGAAUAAUGGUGAGGGGGAAAAAAAUCACCUCAGCAUACAGCAGAGGAAACGUUUGAACAAAGCACUGAGGAAGAGGAAAAGGGAGGAGCGUCAGAAGGCCUACAUGACAAUGACAGCUAGGGAGAGUUCAGUUGAGGCACCAUCUUCUUCGAUCGAAUCAGAUGUGGAUUUAUCAGAUGAACUUACCCCUGGAGUGGCAUCAUCUCCCUCUAAUGAAAUCUCUUCAGGUGAGGUGGAUAGCAGUUCUUCUGAUAAUUCUUUAUUGUGUGACGUAACAGGAGGAGGCACAUCAGUAAAAGGGCUGACCGAAGCAGAGGGAUGUAACACUGAAAAGAGGAAUGUAAAACUGGACAUUUCUAUAAAUAACAUUCAGGAGUCAUCGAGUCUGGAGGAAAAAUUUCAGUAUUUCUUAGAAAAUUACGAUGAUAUUGAAUAUUUUUUUCAGAAUCAUUUUGAAACGGUAGAAGAAAUAAAAUCAUUUUUUGAAAAAUGUCAUGAGGAAGAAAAUAAAGUAAAAAAGGAAGAAAUAACAUUUAACGCAAAAGGAAAUGAAAUAAUAACAACAAAUGUAGUUGUGAAAAAAGGAUUAAAUUUAGAAAUGAUAAAAAAAAUUAUAAAAGUGUCCCCAAGAUUAUCUUUAAUAAAUAAAAAUACCAUACUUAAAAGAAUAACUCAUUAUAAAAAUGAGUUAAGUUAUACCCAUGAUGAAUUAGUGCAUAUUUUAUAUAAUCUACCACAAUUUUAUGCAUUUGGAAAUUUAAAAAGGAAAUAUAAAGAAUUGUUAUAUCUACAUGAAACAAUUGAAGAAGAAGACUUAAAAAAAUUUAUUAAAAAAUAUCCAAGGAUAUUUACAUAUAAUGUGUAUAGAACCAUAAGACCUAAGAUGUUAUAUCUCAUUAGACAUUUAAAUAAAAAUUUUAGGGACAUUUUAUCUUUCCCACAAUAUUUUAGCUACAGUUUUCGAUUAAGAAUAAUACCCAGACAUGUUGCUUACAUGAACUUAUAUUAUGAUAAUUACAUUGAAUAUUACAAAGAGUUAGUAAGAAAACAUAAUUAUGCGGAUUUCAAUAAAAAGUUUAAUGAAUUAGUAUAUAAACCCAAUAUUCCACCUAUUAAUCUUAAAAUGCUAUUGCAAACGUCAAAUAAAGACUUUAUGGAACAUUAUAAAAUUUCUUAUUAUAAUUUUGUGAAAUCUACACAACUAGCUAAAUAUAUUCACAAUCCCUUCAUACUAGAAUGA